UCUUUCUUUCUUUCUUCCUUCCUUCCUUCCUUCCUUCCUUCCUUCCUUCCUUCUUCCUUCCUUCCUUCCUUCCUUCCUUCCUUCCUUCCUUCCUUUCUUUCUUUCUUUCUUUCUUUCUUUCUUCCCAUCCCUUCCACCUUUCUAGAUAAACUAGCUUUAUCCUAUCGGGAUUCUGGUGGACUUUCUUUUGGCCAGGAUGGAGUCAACUGCAGCCUUUUGAAAGUUGGCUGCUUGGCCACCAAGGGACUAUUCCUUGCCAACUUUGACGUCAUCUUGCGCCUCGUGAUUUCAGGCUUGGAGUCAGAUGCAGUUUUGACAUAUCCCCGAGAGUGGGAAGAUUCUCUGAAAAAUCUCAGCAGGUUCUCCAGGAGAAGGCUUCUUCGUUCAGGGAUGGUUUCGGAUUUGCAGCUCCUCAGCCUCUCCGACACUCAAUCAUCCAGAAAUGGAAGUCUGGUUACAGAGAAGCGAGAAAAAACAGACAGCUCCCUUACGAAUGUUACCCACGUAUUUAAUAAGAACAAUAUUCAUUCAAGAACUCUGUUCAGAGUCAUUUCUCCGAGUCCCAAGAAAGGGGACCUCUCCAGAUCUCUAGAUGAGAACUUUAUUGAGAAGAAGCUCAAGGGUGACAUUGGUGCCUACUUCCACAAUCCUAUCGUGGAUUUUAACCAUUCCGCUCUGCCAAAAGUUGUCCCUGAGCAGAGUGAAUUUCCAGAAAACAUACCUGAGAUUUUAAUCCUUCAGUCCAGGCUGAAGGCAUCUCUAGAUCAAGACACUGGACAAAACUCUACCAGAGCUUCAGCAGAACUUGACAAUGCUGUGAAGGAACUACAAGGUGCGCCUGUCUCUAAGACGUUCAAGGGAGAUGCUUAUUGGCAUAAGUUGAGUGAAGUUCCUCUUCAGAACCAUGAUCCAGACUCCUUAUGGAAGUUAAGGAAUAUUCAAGGGAGCCGUCUUAAACCAGGAGCACGUGGGCUACCAGGGCCACCAGGUUUGCCUGGUUGUCGUGGAACACCUGGAUUAAUGGGACCCAAAGGAGACAAGGGUUAUCCUGGUGCGAUUGGCCAACCGGGACACAGAGGCAAUCCAGGAGAUGUUGGCGCUCCCGGUCUUCCUAUUAUCUUUCUUGGUAGAAACUCCAAGGAGGACUGGCUAGCCUUCACGCAGUCUUCAUUCUAUCAACUUCUUCAAGCAGGAUGGCCAAGUCAGAGAGGGUCUCCAGGAUCGAUUGGCCACGUAGGAAAACCUGGAUUACCUGGUCCUCCCGGAUACCCAGGGCAGCCAGGUGAGAAAGGAUUACCUGGUUACCAGGGUGAAACUGGGCCACCUGGUCUCCCAGGACAUGCUGGAUUUCCUGGAUCAGAUGGUCUUCCGGGAGUGGAUCAAAACCCUGGACCACCUGGAAUGGAAGGGGACCAGGGCCCCCAAGGGAUUAAAGGAGACCACGGACCCCCUGGGGAAAGAGGAGAAGAGGGGUUUCCUGGAGACCCUGGCCCACCUGGAGAGAAAGGAAAGAAAGGAGCCAAGGGUGUGAAAGGAGAAACUGGACUUCCUGGACCUCUUGGCAUUCCAGGAGUCAUGGGUGCCAAAGGCCUCCUUGGUGUUCCAGGUUCUCCAGGGCGCAUGGGAGAACAUGGAUUCCGUGGGCAUCCGGGACCUGCUGGAUCUUUGGUAAGAAUGUUAUAAUUUCUUCAGUCCCUCUCUCUCCAAAUCGCACCUGCUCCUUCUCCAAGCAGCGAU